CUCUCCAUUCGAUUCUGUAGGGACAUGUUGGCCAUUGGCAGCUUGAUGGUUUUCUCCUUUGUGUUGAACUAGUAGUAAAUCCCUUUUUCCAACAAGUUGCCUUGGAAUCGCCUCUUGUCUAGUCUGAAAUCGACAAGGAGAUCUUUGCACUCUCUGUACUGAUGUUCCUUGCGGACUAUAUGCCCAUUCAAGCUAUCACUUGGACGCCACGAAAAAUGAAAGAGCGACAGAACGUGAGUUUUAUCGAGCCGUAGAUCGUAUGGCUUUCGAUUAGAGAUGGCAGAUGAGGAUAUGCACCUCAAAAAUUUGCAUGGUUUUUACCGGCUGCUGAAGAGUCCUGAGCUCUUUGAAGGCGAUCUUUUCCGGCUUCAUCGUUCUAAGGAUUGUUUAACACGUCAAGACAAUACGCAAGGGGUUGCCAAAGCGAUAGUAGCGUUAGUAAACCGAACCCAUCGCCUUGAUAAUGUUCACAUAUGGUGGAAGCAAGACUCUUCUGUAACCGUAGCCCACUUUGUGUUGUGCGGUCUUUCCUCCAAUGAUGCUGGUUACAGAUCCCGUCAACUACAGUGCAAGGUAAAAGGAAGUAAGGGGCUUAGUUCCAGAGGUGAGACCAUCGUGAUUAAGGAAACCUCCCUGGUUGGUAGCGUCCGUAGCUUUGUUGUCUGCACCUCGAAGGAUCUCUUGCGAGCAGGGAGUGAUGAUCGACUACGUGUCGGGACUCGGCAAGUUGGAUGAGUUCUCGACUGAGGGGAGGGGGAGGAGAGAGGUCGAAGGGUGACAUCGAUCGGGCAGUGCUCCUGACCGGAGGACAGAACAGUGAUGACUCGGAGUGCCUCGGGUGGCUGAGAAAUCAUUUGUGCCCGAUUUGGAUCACGUGUGGCAGGGCUUGUCCAGGUAUGAGAGGUACAUGUCCAUAGACCAAUGCAUUGGCGGAUGCCCAAGCAAUGUGCAGUAGAUGCGUGCGCUAGACAAUAGAUCUCCGUCGGCCUGAUUGAUGCGCCGAUCGAAUACCUGAUCGACCCGCUUCUCCAAGAUGGCAGUUUAUCCUCAACAUUCCGCGGGCAAAUUUCCCCAAAUAGGGUUCAAGGUGUGUGGACGCAGAACCACAAACAAAUAAAGUGUAUCCAAUCCCGACGGUCCAGACUAGGCCAUGCAGUGCAUGCUCGCAUGAGAGCAAACAAACUGCCUCCACCAACUACAG